AAGACAAAGCACAACAAUACCAGAGCUCCAGACACCCUUGGUACAGGAGAAGAACAUGGUCUAGACUGAAGUACCAUCAAGAACAUUUUUUAAUUUCAAAAUAUCAACUCCACCAUCAUGAAUCCAAACACUGCACAUAAUCCUGUAUUUCUGGUAUUUCCUCCAGAGAUCACUAUUCCUGAUGUGCAGCCAACAGACCUUACAGCCCCAACCUUUGAGUCUAAGAGUGCUUUUCCAAAAUUACUUGCUACAAAAAUGAAAAUCUUAGGGGCUAUGCAGAUCCUAUUUGGAGUGAUGAACUUUUCUUUUGGAGUCAUUUUCAUUUUCACUUUGGAAAAUCCAUACCCAAGGUUCCCCUUUAUAUUUAUUUCAGGAUAUCCAUUCUGGAGCUCUGUUUUGUUCAUUAAUUCUGGAGCCUUCCUAGUUGCACUGGAAAGAAAACCCACAGGAACUCUGGUGAAGAUGAGCCGAAUAAUGAAUUUUCUUAGUGCCCUGGGAGCAACAGCUGGAAUCAUUCUCAUUGCAUUUGGUCUCAUUCUAGAUCAACACUACUUUUGUGGCUAUGUUCAAGCAGUUAGUCAGUGUCAAGGCAUUGCUACCCUAUUCAUUGGAAUUUUGAUUAUGUUGAUGGCCUUCAGCAUUAUUGAAUUAUUCAUCUCUCUGUCUUUCUCAAUUAUGAGGAGACACUUUUAUUGUUAUGAUUGUGACUAAUGCUGCUGAAUAUCACCGUGGGAAUAAAGAUGUGUUAUAUCAUCAA